AUGGUUAUGUCAGGCGGGAAGGCGGGCGGCGGAGGGAGGAGGAGCAGCGGCAACAGCGAGAGGACCGCACCAGCUCCAGCAGCAAGGAGCAAUGCCGCACCACGGAGCAGGAUCCUGGUUGCAGUCCCACAGCAAACCCAGCGGAGCGGCUCUUACCACCCUCUUGCUGACAGUGUACACAAUUCUCUCUAAAGUGCAUUCUGAUCGAAAUGUUUAUCCUUCUGCUGGAGUUCUCUUUGUUCAUGUUUUGGAGAGAGAAUAUUUUAAGGGAGAGUUUCCUCCUUAUGCAAAGCUUGGUGAGAUAAACAAUGAUCCCAUAACAUUUAAUACGAACCUAAUGGGUUACCCUGAUAGACCUGGCUGGUUGCGUUACAUCCAAAGAACACCGUAUAGUGAUGGUGUGCUGUACGGGUCACCAACUAUAGAAAACAUGGGCAAGCCAACUAUCAUUGAGAUCACUGCUUAUAACAGACGUACCUUUGAGACAGCAAGACAUAAUUUAAUUAUUAAUAUAAUGUCAGCAGAAGAUCUUCUUUUACCAUAUCAAGCAGAAUUCUUCAUUAAAAACAUGAAUGUAGAGGAAAUGUUGGCCAGUGAGGUUCUUGGAGACUUCCUUGGAGCGGUGAAAAACGUAUGGCAGCCUGAGCGCCUGAAUGCUAUAAACAUCACAUCAGCUCUUGAUAGGGGAGGCAGAGUGCCCCUUCCUAUUAAUGACAUGAAAGAAGGUGUCUAUGUUAUGGUUGGUGCAGAUGUUACAUUCUCCUCCUGCUUACGAGAAGUAGAAAACCCACAAAAUCAGCUGAGGUGCAGUCAAGAAAUGGAACCUAUAAUAACUUGUGAUAAAAAGUUCCGUACUCAGUUUCACAUAGAUUGGUGUAAAAUUUCUUUGGUUGAUAAAACACAGCACAUUUCUACUUAUCAAGAAGUGAUCCGUGGCGAAGGCAUAUUACCAGAUGGUGGCGAAUAUAAGCCACCUUCUGAGAACCUGAAAAGCAGAGAUUAUUAUUCAGACUUCCUCAUUACUUUGGCAGUUCCCUCUGCGGUUGCCCUGGUGCUUUUUCUAAUACUUGCUUAUAUUAUGUGCUGCCGGCGGGAAGGAGUGGAAAAGAGAAACAUGCAAACACCAGAUAUUCAGCUGGUCCAUCACAGUGCCAUUCAGAAAUCCACAAAAGAACUCCGGGAGAUGGCAAAAAACAGGGAGAUAGCAUGGCCACUCUCGACACUUCCUGUUUUUCACCCAGUCACUGGUGAGAUUGUACCACCUGUUCACCCAGACAAUUAUGACAAUACUAGCAUGCCGCUGAUGCAAACACAACAGAACCUGCCUCAUCAGACUCAGAUUCCUCAGCAGCAAACAGAAGGUGAUUUUUAUGUUUUUAAAAUAAAAAUAAAUGAGCCGGGUUAUAAAGAAAUGAAAUUUACACAAAAUGGAAAUAGUAUGGGGUCAUACAAAAUACUGUGUUCCAGAAGUUCUGACUUCAUUUCAGACUAACUAAUGUUCAGAUUAAACAAAAUCUGAAACAAAAAGUUGUUUCUUCCUAGUUUGGUUAAAUGAAACACAAAAAUGGUUAUGGAUCCUCUAUUUCUAGAAAAUAAUGGGAUUCAGAACAACUGUUCUCUACUGAUCUGUAGAAUACCCAAUUCUAAGAGCCAUGUCAGUUAUUGAGUUCACAGCAGCAAUAACAGUAAUAGCAAUAGCUCAAUACAUUGCUGAUGUCUUGUUGAGUUUAGCUGUGAAUAUCAUUCUGUUGAUUGUGGAGGCUCCAAAAUAUAUUUGAAGAUGAAAGCACUUACAUAUAUAAAGCCUCUAGAAUCUCAACCCCAAGAGAAACUAAGAAUGCACAUACCUAAAUAGCAGGUUAACCAAAGCAAUCAGUGCUCCACUUUUUGUCUUUUCAUGUCUUGUCUGUGAACAUAGUACAUAUGCAUGAACACACACCUUUAAUGUGAUUUCAACAUUAUAUCAGCUUAUCAUUUGAAAACCAUAGGACAUUAAUUCACCAACUCCAAUUUACAUUCAAGAACCUGUGCAAGAAACAGCAGCAGCAUAUAUUCUGGGCAGCCAAAGCAAAGUAUGAUAGAAAAAAACAAUCCGCUUUUUAUUCAGCCUGGGCUGUCUGGUCUGCUAGUAGCCAGAAUAUCACCUCUUUGAAGAAAAACCCUAGUCUAGUCUAGUCAAGAUCCCUUGUAACAAUUUCUUCUUUUGUAGUUCAUUCUUUAGUCACUAUCUGUUAAGAAUGAUUAAAUCCAGAAUGACCCCUUGCCAUACCAUGCACUCUAUAAUGCCUGCUUUUCUCCAAAGCUCCAGCCAGAUCACAUGACCAUCCAACUUAAAUCAGGACAAAUAGAGACAAAACUAUUCCUCCUCUCUGAUGGUCCAAACUCAAGUUUUCAAAAUAUAACAGUUUAACACCCAAAAGAAAGAGAACAUAAUAUCUAACUAUAUAGCUAGAACAGAACACUUGUGGUAGACUAUAACAUUUUGGACCCGCAUCUAGAUUCAACCAGUCCUACUCUGUAAUCUGUUUGCAACAGAAGUAUAUGUUUCAGUUCAUCAACAGAGAAUCCAAAACGGGCUACACAUUGCAUGAAUACAUAUGAAGGAGAUUUUGCAGAUCCCUAUUACUGAACAGACUUAUUGCAAUCUUUUCUUUUUCUUUAAUCUAGUAUUAGAUUAGUUCUUGGACCAUCAUUCAGAGCAGAAUGAGAAGAGAUGGGGAGAUUUGCAUUACUGUUAAUGAUCAAAAUUCAUUUAAAUGCAGUUAUGUUAACAUAGAUAUUGGAGGCAGGCAAUAAAUUAAGCUUUGGGCUAUGCAGGCCACAAGGAAUUUUUUUUUUGAACCUGGAGGUUCAUCUGAACCAUUUCAGGUCAGGUAUGGCUUGGCAAAUCCAAAACCUGAAAUACUUGAUUUUUCAAGGAUUUGGACAAAACAAAAUCCAGAUGGAUUUCCUAAUAUUUGUGCAAAUCACUUCGUCUUUUGUCUCUGCGUGGCCCAGCUGUCAUAUUCCAUAUGUCAUUUCUUGCCUGAGCUGCUGCCAAUGUCUCAUCAAUCCCCAUCCCACUAACCCCCUCCCUCUCCUUUCAGCUGCACAGAAUGUCCCAAUAUGGCAUAUAUUCCAUCAGUUUGCUCAUUCCCUUGAUCUUCUGAAUGCCUUCCCUUUUCUCCCUUCCCAUAUCUUGUGAACUACUGUUAUGGAAUUUCUAUUGGCUCUUCCUCUGGAACAAAAGAACUUCAUUUAUCUUAUACAUGAAGGAAAACAGCCCAAUUUUGAUCUGGGAAAGCUACCUAAAUCCAGCUAUGCUCCUCAAGUAAAGGUUUAUGUGAAACAUUUUGCACAUGCUUCAUAAAUGGCAAAAACUAGAUAGAAGAUUCACCUAGGAAGAUAAUUGAGCAGCAUUUUAAAAAGUAAUUUAUGCUAAGUUUUGAUACAGUAUAAUCCAUUUCAUGCAGCCAAUGUGCUUGGUAACCGUCAAGUGUUAGAAACUUCACAUAACUGAUAAAUUGAUGUUAAACUAAAAAAUCUAUGCUACUGUAAAGUGUUCAUCAGUCUUCAAGGUACCACAACUCUCUAGUUUUUGCUGCAAAAACUUUGAAGGCCACCUCUCUGGAAAAUUAUGACAGGAAUUCAUUUGUAAGAGAUGUGUAUUCAAUUUAUUUAUUUUUAUUACUGCUUUCGGGGACUAAAGGAGAAUUUCGCAUGACAACAUUUCAAAGAUUGGAGGCAAGUAUUACAUUAGUAUCACUUUUUUUUCUACCCAGUGAAAAACAGUGAUAAAAGAAUCUAAGCUCUUGCGUUGCUAAUCCAGCAAUUACAGACAGCAUAACCAGUAAUAUGGGCUGCUGGGAAUCAUAGUUCAGGAACACUUGAAGUUACAAAUUCCAUCCUUGUUUAUUUUAUCUUUAUUGUCUUUAUUUUUAUGCAUUCCAGAUAUUCACUUUUUUAGCUUUAUGCAGAACAAGUUCAAUAUAUCAGUUGCUUCUUAAAUCUGAUACAGAUUCAUCAUGAUUAUCCUAUAAUUUAAAACUACAUUAACUUUUGAAUCUAAUACCCUUAUCAAUUGUCGUUUUCAGGUAAAUGGUAUCCCUGAAGAAAGAAAAUUUACAGAAGCGAUUAAUUUGUAAUUAAAUCAAACACCAAUACAAGAUUUCAUUUCCUUAUUUGCUCCAUUGACACAUGAAUGUUUCUAAUGCAUGCCUAGAGAAUAUUCUGAUGUCAAAUAUCAUUUCCAUAUUGUUAUAUGUACUGUAUCUUUUUAUACUUUGGAUAUUUUCAACAAAUUUGUAAAAUACUAAUUUUUAUAUUAGUUAAUUAAAACAUUUAUAAGGCACUCAGCUAUUCAUUAUUUCAACUAGACAUUGUUAAAAGUAUUCUUUUGUACUAUGUAAAAUGUCCAGUAUUCAUGUUAAGGUUUUGUUAGAAAACUAAAAAGUGAAGUUAAAGCAUGUUUCAUUUUAAUUUAAUGGAGUCUUUUUGCAGGAAAUUUUGAACUAAGUAUAAUUCUUUUUCUGCCAUGCUUUGUAUAUGGAAAUUGUUAAAUCAGAAAACCAGCAAUACUAGAUGUUAAUUAAGAAUAUAUUCCAUUCUUAGCACUAAUCUUGAUUUCCUGUGCUAUUAUUCCAUACUGUAUUUUUAGAAUGAAAAUGGAUAUCUUAGCAUUAUUUUUCAUUACUCCAGCUACAUCUAAUUUAAUGGUUUUUUUAAAUUGCAAUUUGCUAAAUAUUUCUAAUUCCUAAUGACCUCUCCCCAAAUGAAAAUAUAUUACAUAUUCUUCUGUUGCAUAUUCUAAAUAAAUUGGAGAUUCUAAAUAUUGAAUGAGUUGCUUUUGUCCAAUGAGAUACUGAUGGUGCUGCCCUUGAACACUUAAGCACAUAUCCACACACAACGAGGUCCCAUCUUUAAACCUCGUGACAUCUUAGGAAGAAAUCUUUUUGCAUAAUGCAUUCAAGGAACUUGCCUUACUGUCAUGCAGUUUCUUCAUCAAAUUUUAGAGAUAUUUUUUCAUAUUCAAUUGUUGAUUUCUAACAAUGGGCAUCUAAUUGCUAUACAAAUUUGAUCUGCUGAGAAAGGUUUCUGGAAUAGAUCAGUUAUUCCAAAAAUUACAGGUGAAUGGUGAGUGAGAACUCCUUCAUCCCUUGAGAAUGCAGUUAUAAAAAAGUGAUUUUGAAAAUUGGCAAAUAGGAGACGCAAAUAAUAAAAUGAAGGAAAAUAUACUACUGCUGAUUUAAGAAAGAUGAAUCAAGAAAUGAAUACCCACAACUGAGAUAUAUGCUAUUAUUUAAUUAAUUUAUUAAAUGCCAUACAUCUCCCAUGGCAUGAUUCUGGGGACCUUACAAUGUUAAAAAAAUAUGAAAACAUGAAUAUAAUAAAACAAAUUAAGCACUAUAAAAGUAUAAAUUAUCAAUUAUAACUAAAAGAUGGGGGAGGGGAGUAGGAUUAGGGGAGGGGAGAUCUGUUUUUAAUCUAUCAAUCACCACCUGUGUGAUGGUCCCCCCAUUGGAAUCUCCUGGGCAAACUAGCAGAGCCAGAUUUUCAAGCGCUUGGCAUCCCAGAAAGCUUGAAGAUUCCUUUUUCUUUAAGCAGGCAAUUGACCUCAACUGGUAGCCACUUUAGCCAUCUUAUCCUGUGACGAAUUUUACUAAGGAUUAGUUUAUUGUUAAAAAAACCACACAAAACUGACCAAUGGAGACGACAUAAAAUUUGUGAUGCUAAAACAACUAUUCAUUUUCUGUCCUAUGAUCUGGGAAAGUCACCUGAGGAUUUGCUGAAGAAUGUGAAAAGAUCCUUUAUUCUUCGUUAAAUAAGAGUUUAGUUUCUAAAGCAGAUCUCAGUGAGUGAAAGUAGAGCUAUUUUUACAGGUUGCUAUGGGGAUGUAGUUUAAUAUUUAUAUAAAACUUUUUAACAGCCAUUUAAUUUUUCAACCAAAUUUAAGCAACAAAGUUUUGUGCAAUUUGUGUUUGCAUAAUAUGCACAAUACCAUUGUUACUCCUAUAGUUAUGAGGAGCAAAGAAAGUUGUUUUCUAGACAUGAAACAUUCAAGAUACUUCGAGCUGUUCCAACAUAAUAUUCAAACAAUUUCAUUUUUUUGUGUAGCAUAACCCAAUUGAAACAUUGUAUCAAAAUGAAGCUCCUUAUUGUGUUUUUCAUGAAGGAAUUGUAAUUCAAGGUCAUUUUCCUUUUCUGGAAAUCUGAUAAACAGUAAUUUUAAAUUAUAUACAGCAAAACAUUAGGUCCUAUUUUUUUACUGGAGCCUUUUAUGAAAGGAUUAAUUUUAACAAUAUAUUUGCAAUAUUUUAUAUAAGAAUUGUAUAAGUAAUAUUGUAGUAUUUUCAUGUAUUUUAUGUCAGAGGAUAAGCCAGGGAUUUUUAAAAAACUUACUUUUUAAAAAAAAUAAAAGACACACAUACACAUAACACUCCUUUACUUAACUGAUGCUCCUUUAGUACAAAAAUAAGCACUUACACCACAUUUAUUUAAACCUUAAAUUACUUCAUAUUUUUCACAUAAAUUUGAAAUAUAUUCUUUAAAAAAUAUAUAGCAAACAAGUGCAAUAUUUCAAACUUAAAAAAUAAUCUUUAACCAAAUCUGUACAACAGAUAAAUAAAAUAUCUAUAGUACUCAAAUUGUAACAUAACAAAACACUCCCAAAUGAACAAAAAUUCUCACUGGAUCUCAUUUGUACAUUCAAUUCCUGACUUGCCAGCUAUUACAUCCAUGUUAAACAAAACUGAAGAAAAAAAAUGCAAAUCAUUAAUGGUAAAACAGAACUUUUCACACCUGUUGAAAUAAAUGGUCAGAUAAACACAGGACUUAUACAAGAAGCUAAUGUAACAAACAUUUAACAUUUUGGAACCUAUUAUUAUUCCUAUUAUUCAGUGGGAUUUCCUCUUCUCCUUUCCCAUUGUUUAGUAUAAUCUAUUACAAUGGGAAUUAUGAGUUCCUAAUUCCAUACAUCAAAACACACUAAUAAAUAAAAAGCCCUAUAAUUGCACAUAUGCAUAGUAAACAAUACUGUCUAUUCAUUCUUCAAGUGCUAAAACUGGAUGCAACAUGCAGACAUAUUAGGGACAUGUUGCAACUGAUAUCAAAGAUAAGUCCCCAAUGAACAUACUAUUAACAUACCUCCUAAGGUGUUAUUUUUUUAAAGGCAGACAUGUCUUUGCCAAAAAACUCCUGAAGCACUUCAAAAUGCUCUUUAGUUUUCAAUGCCCCAAAAUGUAAAAAAAAAAAAAAAA